AUGCAAUUAAUUCAUGCUCGGUUCUUACAGCGUACUCGUGCAUUCAGCCGUCGCAGUCUCAUUGCACCAUUCCAGUCAUUACCAUAUUCACCUAUCAAUGUUCAUCCAUCUCGACGCAAUUUUUCGUUCAUCGCCAUGUAUGCCACACCGAACGAAGCUGCGAUAGAUGACACGAAUAACAUCGACAAAGCAAAAUCGCGACUGGUUUGUGGUAAGUGCAAUGCAAUGCUGAGCAAUACAGAAGACUUGGUCUUUUUCAAGUGGAAAAAUGGGACUCAUAUCUCAAGCGCAUCAGGUGAACCGUUGAAAAACUUGCUGCCAGUUACAUCACCAGAUGAUAGAAAAUCGAGUUGGAAAAAGCACAAGAUGUUAUGUAUCAAUUGCAACUUUCAAGUUGGCACUUUGGCUCAAAUCUUUACGUCGGACAAAGUUUUAUUCAGCGCUUCCUGUGUAGCGAUACAAUUACCAGACGAUCAGUCUCCAUUAUUGUCACUAUCGGGCUAUCCUACCGCUUUUUUAAGCUUCUCGAUGUGGUCAGAACUGAUGCUCAUGGUAGAGACACAACCAAAGCUCAAGAAUUUGCUUCAAAUUCGCAGGCUGGAUAACAUUUAUUUGUGCAAUACCGAAAGUAUUGAAUUGAAUCGGAAAUUGCGCAUGGCUGGAGAUUUACAAGAAUUACUACGUAUAGUAGAUGAAAAUAUCACUGCGUUGAACCACGUUAACAUCAGAACAGCAAUUUAUUGUACAGAUCGAUUUACAUCGACUCGAAGUGCGCAAGCAAACUUUCUGACAAUUAGUACUAAUGUCAAGGUCAGUAAAUCUGAAGCAUCUCAAGAUGAUCUGCUGUCACUAUCAUCUCAAGCUUCGUUCCCAAAGUUGUCUGCCAUGCCAGAUGCCUUGGAUACGAAAAGAUUCAGGAAGCUAAUUGAUGAGACUGACAAGCUAGUGAAUUUUGGCAUUGCUGCUUUUAACAAAGGCAGUGCACUAAGCUAUUUCGCAUCUGCUUUAAAGAAGCUUGGUGUGGGGCGACUCUCAAUCUUGCAGCCAAUGGCUCUGCAAGUUAUGCACAUGCUUCAAUUAGAAAAGCCAGUAAUUAAUUCAUUAGAAGCAUGCAUUGUCGUUUCAGUGAUUGCAUACAUGCUGCCGCGAGAAAGUCGCCAUCAAGAAUGGGUUGGAGAUUUCUUGCAAGCAGUAAGCCAGAUGGUGCUGUCAGAAUUAGAUGAUGACAAGACGAGUGACGAGACCAAAUUGCAAGCAGCUCAAAAUUUGGUACCACUUGCCCAAUCGUUCUUGUUCCUAGAGCGCUUUGAUAGCGACUUGUUCCGUCGAACUUUCACGGAGAUGAACGCAGGAGCUUUGGACAAGCUUGGCAUUUCAUCAAAUAGGGCCAAGUGA